AGGGCGCUGGUGAAGUCAGAGCGAAUACCAAGAAGGUGGUGUGCCGAGAUGGACAUGGGGAAGGAUGAAUCUCACCUGAAGCGCCUCCAGACACCUGAACCUCAUCCACGGAGAGCCCGUGCCCCAGAAGUCAUUGGAACUUGGCGUUUGAGGAACAGAGAGCAACUCAGGAAGAGGAAAGCCGAAGUGCAGGAGAAGCAGACGUCGCAAUGGCUCCUUGGAGAACAGAAAAAACGCAAGUGUCAAAGAACAGGAAAAGGAAAUUCAAGAGGCCAAAAGAGACAAAGAAGCACAAAGGUGCAGGCAGAAAAGCAAAGGAUGCGGGAAAUAUCUGCUGAGGAAGAAAUGGAGCGCCCUGUAAGCCCUGUGACUGAAGUCCCCCCACUGGUGGCAUGCCCCCGAGAAGCUGUGCCUGCACAGCACUGUGCUGAAGUGUGCCAGGAGAGAGCAAUACAGAAUCAUUCUCAAGCAUACAAACACAGGGCCAAACCGGAAGACCUCUCUCCUAGCAUGUGCCAAGAAAUGACUGUACUUCAACAUUCUUCUAAAAUGUGCCAAGACACGGCUGAACCCGAGGUGCUCUCUCCUGAAAUGUGGCGGGAAACAGCUGUGCCCCAAGACCAUUCUUCAAAAGCACCCCAAGAUAUGGUUGGAACUGAGGCACCCUCUCCUAAAAUGUGCCAGGAAACAGUUCUGCCCCAAAACCAUUCUUUCAAAGCACCCCAAGAUAUGGCUGGACCUGAGGCGCCCUCUCCUAAAAUAUGCCAGGAAACAGCUGUGCCCCAAAACCAUUCUUUCAAAGCACCCCAAGAUAUGGCUGGACCUGAGGCGCUCUCUCCUAAAAUGUGCCAGGAACCAGCUGCGCUUCAAGAACAUACUUUGAAAAUGUCCCAAGAUGUGACCAGACCUGAAGCCCUCUCUCCUAAAACACAUCAAGAGGUGGCCGUUGUUCCCUGGACAACACGUAGAGAUGCUGCUGGCCCAGGAUGCUCUCCAGCAGUGCUCCCCCAGUCAGAUGCGCCUGAAGGCUGCCCACUUGACGCAUGCCCCAACACAGUCACACCAGAGAAAACCGCUUGCCAAGCAGAUCAGGGCUUGGCUGUGACUGGAGGCUGCUUUCCUGAAACACGAGAACGCAGUGCGUCUGAAGACGUUUCUAUAAAAACAUGCCAAGGAGGAGCGGAACCUGAAUUCAUUUCUCAUGAGAUCUCCAAACUCACUGAGCCUACAGUCUCCUCUCCUGAAACAAUCCAAGACUCACCUGGGCCUCAAGAGUUUUCACCUGAAGCCUGCCAUGAAAUGCCUGGGCCAGAGGACCUCUCUAUCAAGACCUGUGAGAAAAGGGAUGGGCCUAAAGACUGCCUUCCAGAACAAACCCAGGAAGCAGGUGGGGCCCAAGGACAGGACCCUCAUGCUUACCAGGACAGUGAUGGUGCUUAUCCUUUCUCUCAAGAAAUGAAGGAAAAAGCCAAAGCAGAUCAAGAUCCAGAAACACCAUCAAGUCCACAGGGUCCACAAGGGAACUGUUCAGAAGACGACCCCGAUAGCUAUGUUCUGUUUUAACAAUACUCAGCGAUGAAGUUGCAGUCCACCCGAAUAUAGCAUACACAUCUUCUCUUGUACAAUUUUACUGAAACAUUGUAGCAAUUGCUACAAUUUGCAUUACUGUUUUAGCUUGUGUUUUUUCCAUGUAGAUCUUAUCUGAGAGAACUAACUUUCAAAGGCUCUGACAUAUAGACAAUAGUGUGUGUGUGUGUGUGUGUGUGUGCUCUCUGAGGAUGUACAUAUGUAUGUGGGGGAAGAUAGUAGAGGGAGGGACGAAUAAGAGCAGGGGAAGGGGUGAGUAGUUGAUUUUCCUUUAAGAAGAAACAUACAUUUGGUAAUUGUGAGAAGACAGCAAUUUGAUAUGAACACUUAAUAUUUUGAAAGUAUAUAGUUUUUUGUGAAUUUUGUCAGUUAUUGAUGUAAUUUCAGAAUUUUAUUCAAGCUUUACAUGGCUCGCUGAGCUAACCUAAAAAAUUCUUAUUCUAGAAUUUCUUGCAAAAUAUUUUGGAAUUAUAAACAUUAUUUACUUCUGUGUGUGAA